CCCCUUCUUUCCUCUUCUCUUCUACUUCUCUCAUGUCCUCCCCUCUCUCCUCUCUCCCUCAGGUUGGCAUUAUUGAUGAUGACAUCUUUGAGGAGGACGAGCACUUCUUCGUCCGUCUGCUGAACCUGCGGGUAGGGGAUCCAGAGGGCAUGUUCGAGAGUGACGAGGUUGGCGCUGCACCAAAGGGACGACUGGUCGAGCCUCUGGUCGCCACGGUGACCAUCCUGGAUGAUGACCAUGCCGGCAUCUUCACCUUCGGCAACCGCCUGCUGCGCGUGAGCGAGAGUGUGGGUACCAUGGAGAUCACGGUGGUGCGAAACUCAGGUGCCCGCGGGACUGUCAUCCUUCCCUAUCACUCAGAAGCAGGAAGUGCCAAGGGUAACGGUGUGGACUAUGAGGACGUGAGAGGAGAACUGGAGUUUGUCAACGAUCAGACCACUCAGACAAUUCAAGUGCGUAUCACUGAUGACGAGGAGUAUGAGAAGCAUGAGAAUUUCUUUAUUGUGCUGGAUGAACCACGCUGGCUCAAGAGGGGCAUCUCAGCGUUGCUACUCAACCAAGAGGACCCGGAAGGGCAGAUGAGUGCUGAGGAAGAGGAAGCCAGACGCAUAGCUGAGAUGGGGAAGCCCAUCCUGGGGGAACACAGUCGGCUGGAGGUGGUCAUCGAAGAGUCCUACGAGUUCAAGAGCACUGUGGACAAACUGAUUAAGAAGACCAACCUGGCACUGGUGAUCGGCACACACUCUUGGAGGGAACAGUUUGUUGAUGCGGUGACGGUCAGCGCUGGUGAUGGAGAUGAGGAGGAGGAUGAGCGCCUGCCCUCCUGUUCCGACUAUGUCAUGCACUUUGUGACUGUGUUCUGGAAGGUUCUGUUUGCUUGUGUGCCGCCCACUGAGUACUGGAAUGGUUGGGCCUGCUUCCUGGUCUCCAUCAGUGUCAUUGGCUUCCUCACUGCCAUCAUCGGGGACCUGGCCUCCCACUUCGGCUGCACCGUGGGGCUGCGAGACUCCGUCACUGCUGUGGUGUUUGUGGCCUUGGGCACCUCUCUACCGGACACGUUUGCCAGUAAGGUUGCAGCCACCCAGGAUCAGUAUGCUGAUGCAUCUGUGGGCAACGUGACAGGCAGCAAUGCUGUGAAUGUGUUCCUGGGCAUCGGUGUGGCGUGGUCAGUGGCAGCUAUCUACUGGAAUGUGCAGGGCCUUGAGUUCAGGGUGGACCCCGGCUCCCUAGCCUUCUCCGUCACACUCUUCACCAUCUUCGCUUUCUUCGCAAUGGGUGUGCUGCUGUUCCGCCGGCGGCCCUCCAUUGGGGGCGAGCUCGGGGGGGCGCGUACCCCUCGCGUGAUCACCAGCCUCUUCUUCUUCUCUCUCUGGCUCCUCUACAUCUUCUUCUCCAGCCUGGAAGCCUACUGCCACAUCCAGGGCUUCUAAAGCAGGAAGCAGGAAGCAGGAGGAGGUGCCCCAGCAUGCUUCGGAAAACCAAACAGGCAUACAUCCACAUCUCCACAGAUCUACAGCACUCCAUGAACACACACAAACACCCACCCACACACACACACACACACACAUCACUGAGGAGGACAAGGGCUCAGUAUUCUAGGUAAUGACACUGCUGAUUGAAGGACACCAUUUCAGAUGUGCAAAUCUAAACCAACACAUGCAAACAAACGUACAAAGACCUCCAGGAAGCUUUUCAGACAUGAAACUACACUUUCAACAAGCUCCAUUGGUUAUGUCAGGAAAAAUUCAGGCUUUAAAUCUAUCCGUCCCAUUAGCCUAUGACACCCAUGCCUGCACCAACCAACAAGGAAGAUCACAGAGGGAGAGAUGGGAAGUCAGACAGAAAGGAAUGUAGAAAGAUGGAGAGAAGGAAAAAUGAUCUGUUGACAGGAUUUAAGGAGAAGGAAAGUAUGAAGAGCGAGAAAAUCAAGCAGGUAGGGAAAGAACAAGACAGCAUCAGAGAAGAGGAACAAGGAAGAGAGGUGUGUGUUGUGACCAUUUGUGCCUCACCCUCCCCACUGUCAGAAUGGAUCUAGAAACGACUUAGAGCGGGGCCAGCUUCUCAACCUGGCUUGAAUUUGAAGUCUUGCUCAUGAUGUGUAGGUCCUUAUCUAGAGGUCUGUGUGCAGGUCAUGAUGUUCUCCUGUGUUUUUUAGAGUAGAAGCCCCCUCAGGUGAAAGUGUAUAAGAUGAUGCAAUUGGGGCAUCCUCCGUUUCUAUGGGAACAGUGCAUCACCUUGAAACAGCAAGGAAGAAGGAACCAAGGUGUCAUAUUUAAUAACAACUGGGUGGCCUAAGGGAGAAAAAGUGAAAAUAUAUAUAUAUAUAUAUAUAUACACAGAGAAGGACAUUUAGGACAGGAAGAUAAAGUCAUAGUGUGGCUGGAGCUUGGCCCGAGCAGUUUGUCCAUGUAAAUAGAUAUCUCCUAAUCAUUUAUCUUCACUGAAGGAUGAACUAAUCAGCCAGUUCUAUUUAGGGGGUUAAGGGCAGGAAAGUAUUGUAUGUCUCCAGACAUAAGAGAAGUGAAAGGAUGCAUUUGGAACCGGAAUGUCCCUUGGCAUUGCUGGGAGAACUCCAUGGAGGGAGCCCAUCGGGAGCUCUUGUGGAACUGAGGAAUGCUGAGUCCAUUCACACAAUUAUAAGGUUCCUCUGUUCUAACCUUUUUUCAGUCCUAGAUAUAUUAACUUAUUUAUGUAUUUAUUUAUUUUAUUAUAACUACAAAAAUAUGUAUUUAAUAAGUUUAAAUACAGUAAUGAAUAACUUAAGUUUAAAUAUUUUGAAAUACACAAGCAGUCAUGGUGCUGCGCUCAGAUCCAGUAGACGCAGAGAGGGAGAACGCUGCUUGGUUCUCACACUGCUGCCAGUCACCCAGCAUAUACCACACUUCCUGUUAACAGCAGAGAUGGCAAAGCCCCAUGAAGCACGGUUUACCCAUUUCCCACCCCGGACUUCUGCCACCACUUCACCCAGGGAGGAGGUUUGACUUGGGGAUUGUAAAUAAAGCUUUUACAGUUUCUUGACUUGGUUUCCCAUCAGAGUGACUGCACCCCACCCUGGGCCUUCUGCUCCACCAAACCCUUUCAUCAUUUCACUCCACUCUUUCUGUUGUUGUGUUGAUGUUGUCAUUUUUAUCCAUCUCUUCUUUAAACCACUUUAAAGACUGUGUGGUGCAUACAACCACAUCAUAUCAUUAUCUCCAUUUUUCCCUUUCAAAACCACCUUUUUAUUUUUCAGAAUGGACAAUAAAGACUAAUUCAUGUACCUGAUUGUUCAAAGAAACAUUUCUUCUUCAAAUCAUCUCCAGGCAGAGAAGAGAGAGCCAGAUAGGUCCUGCUGUAGAAGUGAAAAGGAGAUGGCGUUGUGCUCUUCACAGGCCGAUGAGUAAUGUUGGAGUUUUACAUGUUGUUUGCCUGUCAAGUGAUACUUGUUCUUGUUUGUGGAAACCUGUGGAAUUGUGAUAUGUGUCUGUGGAACAGCCCCUACCUGGCUUGGGCUGACGCUUCAUUGUGACAUAGUGGGUCAAAAUGCAUGAUAGAAUAUAUACAGUGGCCACGGCAUGGUUUACAUAUAAAAGCAUGUGUGGGCGGUGACACAAGAAAAGACAGUGUUCGUAUUUAUUAAAAGGAGAAAGAUUGAAGAUUGAGAUUAUUGAAGAUGCUGAUUCCCCUCAAAGUCAGGUACUGUACUGACUAACUCUCUUGAAUUCAUUAACCAUACUGAACUGUUCACAUGUUCUAUAUAUACCUACUACUUAUCUCGUUGGAGACCAAAAUCGAUAUAUACACAAAUCUUUGGCUUACCAUUCCAUCCUAGAUCUAGUUUGAAUAGCCUGUUAUGAGCUCUCUGUAGCCUAGUCUGCACAGACUGAAUGCUCAGCUGCAGUCAUUCUGCAAGGUUUCUCGUAUUUUCCCCUGAUGUGCCCUGACAGGAACACAAGCUCCUGGGUGUGUAAGGUUGUGGGCAUCAGCUACUUUAAUGCUGGUAGUGCCUGUACAUGAGGAAUAAGUGUUUUUGUCGUUUCUACAGGCAACACGAGUGGACUCACAUGCUUCAUUGCUAAUUUGACUGAAAUGGAUAGGCGUUGUGCACAUCUACUUAAAACAUUCACAUUGCUUCUAAUACACUCAAAGAGACUGUUAUGUAGUGUAGUUUUUAUUUCCUAACCUACCCAGAUACUGCCUUAAGAAGAUUUAAAUUAUUUAUUUUAAGGUAAAUUACAAGUUGACCGUCUUGCAUCAUAGUGUAUUUUUUGUUUAGUAAGUUUUCGGUUGUUGUUACGUAGGUUUCUUUGUUUUGUGAAUACUAGCAACCAAAAUGAUUGAGAAAUAGUGUGCAAUAUGAUUUCCCUGCUAAAGAACAGCGGACAAAGCAGAGCAUGUACUUUACUCACAGUGACUUUUCUCUCUGUAUCGCGGGCUGUUCGUUCUGAGCAAAUACAGGAUUCUUAAAUUCAAUUCAAUUCAAUUCAAUUUUAUUUAUAUUGCGCCAUAACAAUACAAUUGUCUCUAGGCGCUUUAAAUCCUUUUAGCACUACAGGGGUAGGCAUGCAGUAAAGCGGUCCUUGACUGGCCAAGUGAGUCUAGUGUUUCAGAUAGCAGACACAUGGAACCUUAGUAGUUCCAUUUGCUUGACCAACCCUAGUAGUUGUGUUUGCUUCAAGUCAAACACAUUUGAUCGUAGUGAGGAUUCUAUGGUUAAAUCAGUAUUUCAACACAAAAAUGUCUGGUGGAAAAAUGAUAUUCUCAGAUGUGCUAUAUCAUAUCUGAAAUAAAGUGUCGGUGGUUUAGUGGUAGCCUCAUGGAAGGCAAGUGAAUGGUAUGGAAUGAGUUAAGUGUCCUUUAGAGGUUGGGCAAGACUUUUUCUCUAUGGUCAGGAAACACAGCCGAUAAGAUAUUUGUGGCCAUACCACUUGAAAUCAGUGAGGAACUGAAAAGAUGAACUAUUUCAUCUUUUAGUAGUAAAAAUGUUUUUUGUAUGUGGUCAAGUGUUAUGUUUCAAAUUAGUAUAGCUUACACUGUUUCAGCUACUCCAGCACAUUCUUUAAGGGAGACUACAUUUCUAAUAUACAUGCUUGACCAAACUUUGACACAUAUAAAUGCAUACCUAGAGAGUAGUGAGAAGGCAUGCACCUGCUUCUUGUAUGGUUCAUUGUCUCUUAUUAUUUGUUCACUCUGACACACUUUGUGAAAUGUUUUUUUAAAUGUAAACAUGUAACAGGUUCUGUACCUUCAGGCUGUCACCUACUGUGAGAGCAAGGAUUCUCAUUAGACCAGUGCUCAUGUUUCCAUAGUUACCACUGGACACAAGUAACGCCAUGGCAACUCACAACAACAAUUGUAUAACUAUAGCUGAUGCUCCAGCCUACGUUGUGUUUACACAGUAAAGAGAGACUUAGUUUGUGCAAUAUGUAAUCUAUUUAACAUUGCUUAAAUGUUAUCUUUCAUAAAAUCAAACCAUUUCACAAUUCAUUUUUUCUCACUCUUCUGUCUGUUUGUCUAACAAUGAAAAUCAAUGAAUACAUUAGUUCAAAGAUGUGGUUGUAAUGUCACAUUAAAGCAGGUCUUGGAGAUGAGUUUUGGAAUGUACUGAAAGGAGAGAACAUUCUCUGAGAAGUUGCCAAUCAAUGUCUACUUACUUCUUAGUCACUUUAGUCUGUGUUUUCAGUUUGGUGGAUGAGAGGACAUGACAUGACAUGGCUUCCCCUGAACCAAACUGUCUGACUUGAGCUGGAGAGGCAACAGCCCACGUCUUGUGUAGCAUCAGUGUUUGUGUGCCUACUCUCCACUGUAUGUGUGUGUACUGUGCAUGAUCUCUCUGUUGAUUGGUGCGCAUGACCUGUUCUUGAUGUCUAGGUUUACAGUCCAGUCUGGUCUUUCCCCCAGACUGGUGGUUGCUCUUGGUCAGGCUGUGACCGGUGGAACUCACUGAGAUUCAUCAGCGGUCUGAAAAAAGCUGAUGAACAAGUGUAUUGUCGUUUAAAGAAAUGAUUGUUAUUAAUUUAAUAACUACUACACUUCUACAAAAGCUGUUUAAGUGACUUGAUUUUAGUCAUCUGUGUUGUUUAUUUGUAGGCUGAAAUAUGCGGUUGUCUGUGUCUGUCUUUGUGUUGGGGUGCCUUGCCUCAUGUCUUGCUCACCUGUGCAAUUUCUGUGGUUAUUUCUCUCUGCCUGAAUAUUCUAAGAAUGAUGACUAAAUAAGACAAGAUGUGAUAUCAAAAAAAUAGUAUACAUAUAUAGUUAUGUCAUAAACAGAAGAUUUACAUUUUUACAAAAGAAACCCGAAUUGCUGACAUAAGGAUGCUUAUUGUUUUGGAGAACAUGGCAUGAUGUGUAUUGUAAGAACUACAGUUGACUUAAUGAAUAUAGUUCAUUUAUUUUCAA